AUGGAUGCCCCUACGCUCCGUGGCGUCCUCCCCCUCGAGGUCAUGGACAUCGUCCUCAAGCACCUCGACGUCAACACCGACCGCGCCGCCUUCCUUUCUCUCCUCCGCGUGUCAUCGGUUUACUGGCACAUGGCCGCUCGAGUGCUGUAUCGCAACGUUGAUAUCAGUGGCAGGAAGAUGCGUAAACUCCUCCGUAACAAGACAGGUCACCUCACCGACCGACAGAGGACCGCAUUGUCCUUCAUCAAGCGCCUCGACCUGAUGAAUCUUGAACCCGGCAACCUCGAGUCCAUGAAUAAGUUUGGAAUUCCGAACGUCCCACUCUUCCCGAACGUUUACAAGGUUCACAUUUACUUUACCAAACCCGCCCCUGAUUACCGAGAGCCGUGGCCUCGCCCGGCCGAUGACCUUCUUAUCUUCUCAUCGCCUGACAUGUGUAGCUGGGACGGUGGCCAACGUCUCCCAUCCUUGCACAUCCGUACCCGCACUAUCGGCACCCUUUCGGUCCACGCUGUGGACGUACCAGGAAUCUUCGCUACUCCCUUCCACGUGCAGUUCCGGCGCAAACCGGGCUUUGCGACGCUGUAUAUAAAGGAAGUUGAUUCACUCACCCUCUGUUCCCAGACCACCGUGUAUCUGGGACAGGGACGGGACAAGAGUUUGAAUUCCCAGGCGCGGGUUUGGGUCGGCAAGUAUAACUCGCUGUUCGAUGAAUACGAGCCGCCCCGGUGGCCCAUCUCAACGGGCCCAUGGGAGUCGACUGCGGAUGUCGACUGCCGCAUCGACAGCAACGACUACCAGCUCCCGCCGUGUCCGGUGUGCGGCGGAAAGGGCGACCUUGGAGCCCGUAACUUCGGCUGCGUGUUUACCGUCGCCUGGUAA